AUGAGCGUCGCAUCCGCACCUGUGAACAAUUCGAUACAUACAUUGUCAACGGCCAAUGUGACCAAAGCUACGCCUCCUAAAGCAAAGCAGGCUCCAACAGCUCUUGUCUCGCUUUGUUCUGGUGCUAUUGCCGGUGGGGUGGAAGCAACCGCGACAUAUCCCUUCGAAUUCGCAAAAACGCGCGCACAGCUUCAAGUCGGCGCGAGCUCAUCAUCAAAUCCUUUCGCGGUCAUCGCUCAAGUGGCACGUAACGACGGCAUAGGAGCUAUAUACACUGGCUGCUCAACGUUGAUACUGGGCACUGCUUUCAAGGCCGGCGUCCGGUUUUUAUCAUUUGACUCGAUACGUCGUCAUCUUGCCGACGAGAAAGGUGUACUAUCCCCUUGGAGAGGCGUAUUGGCAGGAAUGCUUGCGGGUGCUGCUGAAAGUGUGGUGGCGGUCACCCCAACGGAGCGCGUGAAGACCGCUCUCAUUGACAAUGCGAAGAAUGGGGGACAAUCAAGUCGGGGCGGUCUGCAAACCUGUAGACUCAUUAUUCAAACACAGGGCACUGCUGGCCUUUAUCGAGGAUUGGUCUCCACAACGAUGAAGCAGUCGGCCACAUCUGCCGUACGCAUGGGAUCUUACAAUGUAUUGAAAGAGCUUUCUCGGCGAAACAACAUUGCACAAAACAGUGCAACGACGUUUGGAACAGGUGCAGUGGCUGGGGUUAUCACAGUCUAUACAACACAACCGUUUGAUACGAUCAAGACGCAGGCUCAAAGUGCGAAGGGAGCAAGCACGGGGAAAGCAUUUCGAACUGUCCUACAGGGAGCGGGCAUUCGGGGUUUCUGGAGUGGAAGUACGAUGCGAUUAGGGAGAUUAGUCUUUAGUGGUGGCAUUGUCUUUACGGUGUAUGAACAGGUUGCUGCAUUGCUUAGUUAG